AUGAGCUUGGAUUCUGAUAUAGACGCGAAAUCGUCCACUCCUUCUCUAUACAGCCAGUCAUGGAGUGUUCCUAAGGUCUUCGAGGAGGAAGCUGGAAACGAUAGAAGUACCAGUUUUACAAAUGGUGAUUGUGAUUUUUCUUGUGCGCCAGACUUAAUAAACGAAAGAUAUUUGUACUUUUACUGCAGUCAUGGAAAAAUACCUUCAAAAACAUUUGUAUCAUUGGAUCUUGAAACUUACAAAGCAAGAUUUAUAGAGCUUGAUGUAGAUCUUGAAUGGUCAAAAUACAGUCCAUCACUCGUCUGUUAUAAAAACAAUCUUGUUUUAUUUGGUAAACGAAAAACAGACGAUGAGGAGAGGAAUCAUCAAAAUGAUUUUCUGCUAAAUAUUGUCGGGGGAAAUUUUCAAAACUGUGACAUUAUGAAAAUUGACGACUUUUCGUUUUCUUCACGACACGGUUACUCUUUGGAUACACUAGAUACUAAUAUUUUUUUAUUCGGUGGAAUUGUAAACGAAGAGUAUUCAAAUGACAUACUUGUUAUGAAUCUUCAAGGGCUCCCUAUUUCUCCAAAAAGUUACUUCACGGAUAAAGAAAAUGCCCUUAGGUGGUCCGAAUUACCUCUUCAAUCAUCUUCACCGCCUGGCCGCUGCAACCACGCUACAACGAUGAUAGGAAAUAAACUAAUCGUCCACGGAGGAAAAAACAAGACAGGGCUUUUAGGAGAUCUAUGGCUUUUGGAUUUAGAUACCAUGAGUUGGACUGAAAUCCGACCUGUAGGCGGGUUUCCAUGCCCAAGAGAAGGCCAUAAAUUCGUUCCUUUAGGAAACAAAUUCUAUAUGUAUGGUGGGUUUGAUGAAAAUCAAGUCAUACGUAAUGAAUUAUGGUGUUUUAAUUUAGAUAAGCAAUGCUGGUUGCGAACUAAGGGCCCUUCCAUUGCUGAAGGUAAUGCGAGAUUUCUUACCAUGAAUAGUUGUAAUGACCGUCUCUUCCUAACAUUCUUCCGCAAGAUGCUUAAUUCAUAUCACUUUCAUUGUUAUGAGUGCGAUCCAACUCGCCUUUCUUGGAAUAAUAUGGAUGCUUAUGGGUUACCUGUCUUUAAUCAUGUUAGAAUGAACUCCUCCAAUACAUUUAAUUAUACGAUUCCACUUGGAAAAAUCAACACGAGUCAUACAAAGAAUCGCUCAAAUGCAUCGUUCAACUUCUACGAUUACAUGGAACCAUCCCAUAAAACGGUAAAGUCACUGGGACAUAGACACUACGGGAGCUUGGAUGAACAGGGACUGGAAUAUUUGAAAGGAAAGAAAAGGAACUCUUUACAUCAUCGUCGAAAUUCCGAUAAUCUUUCCCUUCGUGAAUUUGGCCAAAGUAGUCCAUUUGCAUAUGAUGUUGAUAAAACAAUUACUUCUCUUCCUAUUGCGUAUGAUGAAGAAGAAGAUAAUAUGGAUAAUCAAUCGUUCUUAAGUGUACCAGACUAUGUUUCUAAUCGUUCUACAGAUUUGCAAACCUUUAACUUCAGUAGUACGGACGAUCGAAUCGCAUGGUUAGAAGAACAGCUACUUUUUUGUAUGACCCAGGGUUACGCGCUCAAACCCCCUGGACAUUUAAGAGAAAAGUAUUCAAAAGGGAUUCAUAUCCAUUCUCAACCGUUGAAAAUGCUUGAAUCUUUACAUGUUAUGGAAGAGGAAUUAAGCAAGACAGAAUUCGAGUUUAACCGAAAUGCUUGCAAUAUGAUUAGUGAAAAUGCUCAGUUGUUGGCGGAAAAGGAUGCUGCGCAAAGCUCUGUUGAGUUUCAUAUAAAACUUCUCCAAGAAAGUAAUAUAAAUAGCCUCACUCGAAUGCUGAGCGAACGAGUGCAUACGCUAGAGAUUGAUGUGCAGCAUUCUUUAGCUGAGGCGACAUUUUACUACCAAGGAUACAAUGAACUAAAACAGAAAGUCGAGGAAUUGCAGUGUAUGAAUAGUAUUAUGAGGAAUCAUCAAGCAGAGCUUAAUGAAAAUUACGAAAAACUUCAUUCUGUUUUUGAAGAAGAUGAUAUUAGAGUUGGAUUGCUACAGACAGAAAACAAUCUACUCAAACUAGAUGUCAGCAGGCUCUCCCAGGACUCGUUAGAUUGUCAAUCAAAAUGUCAAACUUUGGAGUACGAUAAUUACGAAUUGGAAACAAAGUUGAUCGAGUUAUGCGACCGAAUGGAAAUGCAAACAAACGUAGUUGAAGCGUCUGCAAGUGCUCUAGACGUUUCGAAUACCGCUAUUCUAUCUUUUGAAGAUUCCCUUCGUAGAGAAAAGGAAGAGAACAAGCUUUUACAAGAAAACUGCUUAAGCUUGACUUAUAAAAAUUCUCGCUUGAAUGCAGAAGUAGAACGACUUCAGCUUGAAAAUAAGGAGAAUCAAAAAGUGACAGAUCAGGUUCGUUCAGAUGGAACAUAUUUGAAAUCAAUUAUACAAAAUGGAUUGUCAAAGUUGCUUUCCUCGGAUGGCGAAACAAAGAAAAUACUUCAGGAUUCCCCGAGAGCUAGCCAAAAAAUUACACAUCUUGAAUCGCGACUAGUUGAUAUACAGCAGUCGUUUGGAAAGCAGCAGAGUAACUUUGAAAAUACAAUACAAGAACUGGUUUUUUCGCAAAGAAAAUGUACUGAAAUGAAACAUGCCUAUUCAUCAGCGGUCGCCGAAAAAGGUCACCUGCUCAGUCAGAUGGGUGACUUCACAGACGCAAGUAAAGCCAAGGAAUCGGAAUCUCAGAGAGCAUUAUCUGGAUCAAAGCUAAGUCAAAUUAAUAAUCACCCAGCGUCUUCGAAAGUUAAUUCUUUUGAUCGACUUCUGCACCAGCGCCAUUCCAGUUCAAAUGAAAAUCCUGAAGAGAAAAUCAAUGCACUUUCAGUCAAUGAUGAGGCUAAUGUGGACGAUUCUAUGUUUAAAAAAUAUCAGAGAAGCUAUAAUAAUUUAAUUUCUGCAGAACCGUUGACCAUGUCUCGUCAGCAAAAGACGCUUCAUCGUUUGAAUUUGGGAUUAGAAGACCAAAAGAAGCAGCUUAUCGAUACUCCAAAUGCCUUUUCAAAUGGUUUCAACCAGACCGUCGUCAAUGGCAACCAAGGGAGAAACGUUAACCAACUGCAAUCCACGACUGGUGAUUAUUAUGCUAAUAGGAUUAAACAACUAGAGGACGAUUAUCAGCAGGCAUUAACAUUUGCAAAUUGCUCUGAUGAAUCGUUCCAACAGUUGAAUUAUAAUUUCAUAUAG